ACGUCAAGAAUUAGCACGCGGACGACGCCUUCAAUGUUCGAAAAUGUAUGGGCUUGGGCCUUUCACCUCUAAACCUCAACCCGCCCGAAUUGCUGAUUCGCUACCCCCCUGGCACCUUCUCCGUCCCUCUCCCCACAUUCGACGAGGCGCACAAUUCUAGAGAGGUUCCGUUAGAGCCUUACAGUUUUGGGGACUUCCCAAAAUCUUGGGGGGGUCAAUCCAAUUCAAGUCUCAGGCUUUUUAUUAGGUCCAUUAAGAACACUCAGCAGUUGCAGAAAUUUGAUCAGAGGCGAUGCUUUCGGGGCAUCGCUGGUAUCGAGACCCCAUCGGUCCGUCAUUCUGCCGAUGGUCUCCCAGUUUCCCUGCGGAGUUUGUUUAAUAACAGUCACACAGUUCAAGCGAGGCGGUUUCUUGGUUGUGGUGACGGUGAUGAGGGCGGUGUCCUGUCGAAAGUUUACGAGGAAAGGAUUGUCUUGGGGUAUUCUCCAGAGCAGUUGUUUGAUGUAGUUGCAGCUGUUGACUUGUAUAAUGGUUUUGUCCCGUGGUGUCAGCGGUCUGAGAUACUUAAACAACACCCUGAUGGGUCUUUUGAUGCUGAGCUCGAGAUUGGUUUCAAAUUUCUUGUUGAAAGUUACAUUUCCCAUGUAGAGUUGAGCAGGCCGAAGUCCAUAAAGACAACUGCAAAGGAUAGUGCGAUUUUUGACCACUUGAUAAACAUAUGGGAGUUCAAUCCGGGACAAGCUCCUGGAACUUGUAACCUUCAUUUUUUGGUGGAUUUUAAGUUCCAGUCACCGCUUUACCGACAGGUAGCAUCCAUGUUCUUCAAGGAGGUGGUCUCUCAACUCGUACGAUCAUUCAGCCAGCGCUGCAGUUUGGUGUAUGGACCGGGGGUCCCAAUCCUUGAAAAUUCAUAUGGUCAAAGGGCAUGAGAGAUCAUUUUGCAUCUAACCGGUUGUAGUGACAAAUGAAUUUCUAGAGCUAUCAUUUCACUUAUCCAAAAAUUUACAGUCACGCCAGCCACCCGGAUGGUUUUUUUGUUUUGCUUGCUGUCUGGUUGGCCAAUUGAUCUUUUGAUGAGGUAAUUCAAUUAAAGCCUUAAAGUCCCCCCCGUCUUCGUCGCCCCCCCAAAAAAAAGAUAUAAAUGCUUUUUGUUCUUGCA